UCCUCAGAGCCUUCUCUCUCUGUCGUACUCCAAUUUUCUUUUCCUUUUUUUUUUCUUCCUAUUUGAACCCUAAAAUUAACUAAAUUAAAAAAUAAAAUAAAAAACCGAGAACGAGAAGGAAAGGAAAAUACUCCAUCGAAGCUUAAUUUUAUUUUCUCGGGAAACAAACAGGGCUUGAAUUUUGCAUCGAAUUCCUGAAAGAAAAUGCAACAUCAGAGGCUGAAACAGCAACAGUUGAUGCAGCAAGCUCUUCUUCAGCAACAGUCUCUCUAUCACCCUGGUCUUCUCGCUCCUCCUCAGAUUGAGCCAAUCCCCAGUGGAAAUCUGCCUCCUGGUUUUGAUCCAAGCACUUGCCGCAGUGUGUAUGUUGGAAAUAUCCAGACACAGGUAACUGAACCACUUCUGCAAGAAGUUUUUUCAAGUACUGGUCCUGUUGAAGGCUGUAAGCUUAUAAGAAAGGAAAAGUCUUCAUAUGGAUUUAUUCACUACUUCGAUCGCAGAUCAGCUGCUCUUGCAAUAUUAUCUCUGAACGGAAGGCAUUUAUUUGGGCAGCCUAUUAAAGUUAAUUGGGCAUAUGCUAGCGGUCAGCGAGAAGAUACAUCAGGUCACUACAACAUCUUUGUGGGAGAUCUUAGUCCUGAGGUUACUGAUGCAACACUUUUUGCCUGCUUUUCAGUCUACCCCAGUUGUUCAGAUGCAAGGGUUAUGUGGGAUCAAAAAACUGGGCGUUCAAGAGGUUUUGGGUUUGUUUCUUUCAGAAAUCAACAGGAGGCUCAAGGUGCAAUUAACGACUUAACAGGGAAGUGGCUUGGGAGUAGACAGAUUCGUUGCAAUUGGGCCACAAAAGGUGCUACCUCUAAUGAUGACAAGCAAAGUUCUGAUGCCAAAAGUGUAGUGGAACUAACAAAUGGUUCAUCAGAUGAAGGCAAAGAAACAGCCAAUAUUGAGGCUCCAGAAAAUAAUUCUCAGUACACAACUGUUUACGUGGGGAACCUCGCUCCAGAGGUCACUCAGCUUGAUCUACAUCGCCACUUCCAUGCUCUUGGUGCUGGAGUUAUUGAGGAGGUCCGAGUCCAGCGGGAUAAAGGAUUUGGUUUUGUGAGGUUCAGUAGUCAUGCUGAGGCAGCUGUAGCUAUUCAACUGGGAAAUGUCCAGUCAAUUCUUUUUGGCAAACAAAUAAAGUGCUCUUGGGGUAGCAAGCCCACCCCACCAGGAACAAGUUCAAAUCCACUUCCGCCCCCUGCAGUCGCACCUUUACCAGGCCUCUCAGCCACUGACCUUUUAUCUUACGAGCGACAACUAGCAAUGAGCAAGAUGGGCGGUGUUCAUGCCUUGAUGCAUCCUCAGGGGCAGCUUCCUCUCAAACAAGCAGCAAUGGGAAUGGGUGCUGGAACGAGCCAAGCAAUAUAUGAUGGUGGGUUCCAGAAUAUCGCUGCUGCCCAGCAGCUCAUGUACUACUAGUAAUGACAAGAGUUAACUUCUUACUUCUAUUACCUGCCUUUGCAGGUCUUAUUUGAGUCUUAAAUUAUUAGGAAGUUUUCUGUUUUCUCUUUAUCGUGCGGUGAGGUUGUUACCCGCAUAUUUACAUCAUUUGCUUGGCAUUUGUAUGGAUGUAUACAUAUUAUGUAAUUUUCAUCUUUUUCUGUUUUUUUUCUCUUUCUACCAUGUAGGGAUGAGUUUGUUAUCUAUAAAGUAGGGAUGAGUGGUUUGUGGUGAGAGGAUGAGGUGUCUAGUAUGGACAAUAGUUUGCUUUAAAGCUUUUGACUAUAUUGAUAUUCUGUAUUAUUAGAGUUUUAUUAAGAGUUGAUUAGCAUUA